AUGCGCGGUGUGCGCCCGCCGGCCCGCCGCUCUUUGUGCGCUUCUCGGGGUGGGGUUGGCGGCGGAGGGAGGGCGCGCCCGGACCGGCCGGCGGGGACGGCGAGCUGCGCCCCCUCCCGGAUCUCCCGGAGCCGCCUCGCUGCGCGCGAGAAGAAAGGAGGCUUUGAGGGCCGGGCCGGGGCACGCCGCCUGCUCGCCGGCCGCCGCCCCGUCCCCCUGCGCUCGGGCCGGCCGCGCCGCCCCCCGGGCCGGUGCCCCCUCGGGUCCCGCGCGCGCUCCUCUCCUUUGUUGCCGGCGCUCCCAGGAUCGCCGCGUCCCCGCGCCCGGCCGGCGGGGUCGCUCCGCAAGCGGCCGGGACUGCGGUUUGCUGUGAACGCCCGCGUCCGCGCGGCGGGACGCCCGCCCGGGACAAUGAGGCCAUGUGGCCGCCGCCGCGGACGGGCUCACUCGGGGGACCUGACGGUGCCGCGGGGCGAGCUCGGGGCGCGCAGGCAGAGGCUCCCGGGUGCUUGCUCUCUGGGUGACCCCGCGAGGAGAGCGGGCGCUCGGGCCUCGGUGUGCCCUGCGUCAAUUGGCGGCGUGGGCGGCGUGCCCUGCCCCGGCCACCUCGUGGGUUCGGAGGACUGUGACAGUAGAAGCGAGGGCGCUGGGCGAUCAGGCGGUCAGGCAACGCCUUCCCGCCGGAGACAGGAAGGUGUUCCUUCCCGCUCACCUGGAGCUGUCUUGGGGAAGAGAUAACACAAUGGAUGGAAGUAAAGUUGCUGCCGGAGUCCACUGCUGGUGAGGCCUGUACAUAGGUAAAUGGGCCCUCCUCCUCCACAGGGCUUGCUUGUGUGGGAAACAGGCCUGCACACAGCGUCCCCCUCCUGUCUGCAGUGCUGGGAUUUCAGAUGGGUUAAAUCAGAAAUUUGCUUAGAGGGCUGCAUGCUUCAGAGUCCCUGGGGCCCUUGGGUCAGUCCCAGGAAGGUGAACAUGACACCUUGCAUAGGGGACAGGUGUCUUUCUCCCCUACGGGAUCAUGAAGGCAUGUCCGGUGAAAGCACACAUCAUAGCGCACAAGAGGAUGAGGCUGGGAAUUCAUGGAAAGCUGCUAACGCCCAGGUGCCCAUGACAUUCCUUGUAGCCUGGGUCACGCUCCGUAGACCAGAAUGCUCUGGGAAGACCAAUGCAAAGAUGGGACCGUUUUCUGAAGAUACCCACAAGAUACAGGCCCUCCAGAGAUCCUGGGAGGGUGAUGGUCAUGGUAGCGGACCAUUCCAGUCUGAUGUGUGACAGCUCGGAUUCCCAGUGGAGCCCUGCUUCGGUGUCCCGUCCUAUGCAAAGAGACUAGCAUCAGCUUCCCACCUGCCUCAGGGGGUUGUUUUAGCAGAGGGAUAAUGACAGUGAAAGCUGCCUCAUUGUAAAUUACAAAGUGCUGAGCAAACGUGUGGGAGACGGUGCUUCACCUGCCGCCCUUUACCUUCCCAACCUGUCUCGAGGACUGACUGGUCAGGGUAUUUUCUGACACUUGAAUGUUAUUAUGAAGUAACAAUCUGGAAAAAUUAAUUCUCAAUGAAUGGAUUUAAUAAGCCAAGAUGUGACAAAACUUGCCAAGUCCAGUUCUGUUUUUAUAUAGAUAAUACAACCCAACUCCAUAGUUUCUGGCUAGACUUUCCCAGGCUCCUUUAGGACCCCAGUGCUUAACUACUUUUCCUGAUACAGGACAUGUUCCCUAAGGACCUCCCCAAUGUGGCCAUACUAUUUUUUUUUUUUUAUUAGCAAAAGAGAGGGGCUUGAAGAGUGUGAUCUGGUAACAUAAUAGAGAAUUUCAGUUGUUAUAAGACAAAGUAGUCACUCACAACAACUGAGACUGACAGUGAGCCCACCUCGUACGUGUUUCCAGAGGACUCGAACUGUUGGGCACACAUCUGGCUUGGUUCGGCAACCGGAGAGCUGGCGAAGGCAGCUACCGUCCUCAUGGGAAAACAAGCGCACUUUCAGUCAACUCCACAUUACUGAGCAGCUACUUAUUUUAUUAUACACAGCCCGGAAAGCACUGAUGAUACAGAAAUGAACAUGGCGGGUGGGUGGGGAGGGGUCCUUUCCCCUGGAACCCCAUUCGUGUCCAAAGUCAGUUACGCAGCAGGGCAGUAGUGAGUCCGCCUGGAGUCCUAGGAAGGCUUCCCAGAGGCGGGGACGUUUGUGUUGUGCUUUCAGAAGCGAGGUGGGAGAAGGGAGACCAGGGUCUCCUGUGGCGUGUGGUAUCUGGCAGGACCUCGGUCGGUGCUCAUUAAAUGAACAAGUGAGGUAGGCUGGAGAGGCUGCAGGUGUAAUUUUCUUAAGUAUGGAUGUGAGUAAGCCUCUCUGGGAAGCAGCUCCAAUGACACCGGCCACAGCUGCCGGACUCUGAGGAGUCAGGACAGGCCAUAUUUAUCGAGCCCUCGCUGUGCGCCAGGCAGCUUACCGAAUGCUUUGCAGCGCACCAUCUUGUGUGAGCCUCCAAACCCCGAAGUCAGUCUUCUCUUGGCCCCAUUUACAGAUGAAGGGAAGUCAAGUCACUUGCCCAAGCGAGGACAGAUUGUCUUGAGGCAAGGAAAUACAGCUCAAGCUUCUGGGCCUUUCCAUGGCUUGCGGUGGGAGGUCAGAGCAAUCUAGGUACAAGAUUGCACGUUUCAAUAACAUUUUCAAGAGUCACAUUUUUAUUCUUUUCCUUAAGGACACCAACACUGAUGUGACAGGCCUGAGGAAUCCCAGUCGCUGUUGCGCUCAAGGUGGCACAGCUGAUAGAUGACACCCAAGCCUGUGAUCGUAAGCACCCCAGGCUCCUUCCCACCCCUGGGCAGUGGGAUUCCCCAGCUGGAAGCUGGCGGUGUUUCCGCACCCCCAACCACCACCACGGGGCUGUAAUGAUCACAUGAGUGAGGGCCCUGCGAAGCAUCUUGAUUUUUGAUGUCCUGUUCAGUCUUUGUAUUGUUAACAUAUACGUCACAUGGAACACAUGAAACACACACGUUUUUAAGAAUAUUUUACUAUAGGAAAUGCUCUCCUUAUGUUGGAUGAACAAAAAAGCAGCUAAGAGGUGCUUGUGUUACUAAACACUCAGGAAGCAUUAAGAGAAGCAAAUGAAUUCGGCUGGAAAGCAAUACAUCAAAAUCUUCCGGAUGGUUACUUACUUAAGUCGUGGGUCCACAUUUUAUUUUCAAGGUUCCCAUGUUUCAAGCUCUGAACAUCUUUAUUCAAUUAGUUUUUAAAAGUAAUACGUGCUUAGCUUAAAAGUUAAAUAGUGCUAAAAGGGCUUAAUAAAAGCACCUGAUAGAAGUAGAAGGAGGAGAAAAGAAAAAAAACCUAAUGCGAAUCCUAGCACACAUGUAUAUUUAUUAAAGCUUUUGGAAUUAUGAGAGUAGAGAGGAAGUUUCAUAAAUUUAGUAAAAUAGGCCUUUAAGUCGCUUGACUUCUAAAAUUCAAACAUCAUUUGGUUAACAACCAGUAGUAGCCAGUCUGUGGUAUCAGAGAGGAAGAAGGGGGUGCCUGGGUGGUUCAG